CGUGAUCCACUCAGCAAAUCUCAUGCUACUUCAUUCGCACUGCAGACUGUUACUCGCGUGUGUCUCGCAGCAUUUUUCUGAUCAAAGUGAUUCACUAGAGCUGUUUAAAUUCCCGCUAGGCCCAAGGACAAAAAUCAUUUUAUACUUUUUACUACAUUUCUGUUGUAAAUUUAAUAUCGUUGAGAUCUAGGUGCCAUUUGCCCUUUUAACAUGGCGAAGCUUUCGACAUGGACGCUUCUGGCAGUCUUUUCUUUGCUGGUAGUGAAAGGAUUUGGUCAGGAUUUUAAUUUGGCAGAUGCAUUUGAUGAUGAACCAUCUACCCCACCACCUAAAGUGAAACCAGCAGGCGGUGAUGUACCAGCAGUAAAGCCCACUCCUAAGCGUCCUGUUCAGCCCAUGGUCCCAGGAAAAGAUCCAGCAAAGCCCAAGCCUAAAGAGACAGAAGAGACAUACAGUGAUUUCUUUGAUUCCACCAUUCGGCCGGGUCUGUUACCUCGAACAACCACUAAACCUCUCCAAACAACUACCUCUGAUGGAUUUGAUCUUGCGGAUGCUUUGGAUCCUAACAAUGACAUUAAAGGAAAGGGUAAAGACUCUGGAAAAAAAGAUCUUGGAGGAGGAGGCCGCGAUGAUGGCCAACCCAAUAGCCGAGGUGGUGGUGAUUUAACAGACGACGACUUGGCCGAAGUAGGGAAGGACGAAACCUAUAACCCAGACAAAGGCAAAGGUGGACGAGUAACUGGAGGUAGUGAUUCGGAUGAAACUGAAUCAAUGCCUGAGACUGGUACCAUCGCUGGUAUUGCGAGUGCUAUUGGCAUGGCGCUGAUUGGUGCAGUGAGCGGCUACAUCUCCUACCAGAAGAAGAAGUUUUGCUUCAGCAUUCAACAGAGUCUGAAUACAGAUAUGGUGAAGGCGGAUGCUCCAGAUGCUGUAGUAGCACAGGAGCCACAAGUUCAACAAACUCUUCUCCAGCCUCCUAAUGCCGAGCCACCGACAGAGGAAAAUGCAGUGUAACCUGAAACACAUCCAAACUGAAGGGGCACAGUUCUGAAUCUUCAUUUUCCCAUUUGAAUACCACUGUUUUCCACUAUACAUACACCACACGGCCCUUUUUGAAGUACCAAUGUGACUUCAUACUUCAUUUAAUUUAUACAACUGUUAAAGUCUGUUUGCAAUAAUUAAUUAAAUGCUGGUAAAAAUGAAGUUUAGCACGGUCGCUGAGACCCGAGCAUUCGCAAUCAAGUUUAUUAAGAAUCGGUAUGGACCCCAUACAAAGAGUCGCACACCGUACUGCAGUACAGUCUUGAUGUUUACCUUUUCAAAUUAAUGUGUCAGAUUAGCUUAGAGAAAUGCAUGCUUAAAGGAUUAGUUCUUUAGAAACUGAAGUUGCUUUCAUUAUUUACUCACUCAUGUUGUUUUAAACUUGUAUGACUUUAUUCUUCUGCAGAACGCAUUAGAGGCUAAUUAAAAAAAAUCUGUGUGAGUUCAAUACAAUUGCAGUCUAUCUUGGUUUAUUUUAUUGCUUAUUAUUACAUGGCGCCUAUGAAGCGCUUGAUUCUGAUUGGCUAGUCAUGACAUUCCGAGGUUUGUUAUUCCUAAUAGCAGCCUCAUUCGGCAACUGUGAGUUAUAUUGACAAGUGCAUUUAAAUACAAGAAAAAAUAUACAUAUGCAUUAUUAAUAUCAUGAGAUUAUAGUGACAAAUAAUUAAACCAGAUGCAUAUUAGUCUUGUUUGAACUUCACUCCUUGACCUAAACCCACUAGGAAAUGGGGUUCUCCUUGCGUUGGCUUUGUUUUUUUACAAACCAGUGAAUAAUAUAUCAAAUCAAUAUUUUAUUUACAUAAAUUUACACCGAGUGCAAAUAGCUUUGUUAUAAACGUGUUAAUUCAGACGGUUGUUAUCACAAAAAAAUCCAUACAGGGUGAUACAAGACUCAAGUCAUCCUGUUUGGAAUUUAUUCUGCAAUAACAACCAGCUGGCUGUACUAUAUCCUUUAUAAAGCACCCAAAAAAAGUGAAUGUGGUUUGCUGAUUAUUUCCAAGUGCUGUCUAGUUGAUUUUUAAUCACUUUUACAGUAAAAUCAUAAGGUCAUGUUCAUUCAAAUAUACACAAAAUGUACACAUAUGAACAUAUAAACAUCAAGAACGCACACAGGAGAGAAAUGAUGUGUUCUGCAGAAGAUUGCAAGUCAUUGAGAUUUGCAAGUGAGUGAGUAAAUCAGCCUUUAGAUGACUGACGAUUCCUAUGUUUACAGAAAAAGUGAUUGGAUAAUCAUAAAUAUGCUUUUAGACUGUUUCCAUUGUUACAGUACGCGAACAGGUUGUUGCUAUUGGUGGAAUUUGCCAUGAAGGAUUUGUUUCUUAUUUUAUGUUUGCACUUUUGGCAUUUUGGAAGGGGUUUUUGUUUGAUCGUUCAUUUUACACGAUCUGUAUAUAUUUGCCUUGCGUUCACAUGGCAAUGUGAAAAGAUUGUUACACAUAUAUGCAGGUACUUGUGUGUCUUAGCAAACUUUUUAGUGAAGUGACUUUUUGACUAAAUUUAAAGGGGUGGUUCACCCAAAAAUGAAAAUUCUUUUAUCAUUUACUCACUCUCAUGUUGUUACAAACCUGUAUAAAUUUCUUUGUUCUGAUGAACACGAAGGAAGAUAUUUUGAGGAGUGUUUGUAACAAUGAGCCCCAUUCACUUCCAUAGUAUUCUUUUUUUCCUAGUAUGGAAGUGAAUGAUCAGUUUGGUUACAAACAUUCCUUAAUAUAUCUUCCUUUUUACAAUUUAUACAGGUUUGUAACAACAUGAGAGUGAGGAAAUGAUAUCAGAAUUUUCAUUUUCGGGUGAACUAUUCCUUUAAUGACCGAUGUCAUAAACUAACCAACAGCUGCUUACUGUCUAAUUUGCUUAAAAAAAAACAAUGAUCAAAAGGGGUAUAAGUGUGAAGAUGUGAUUGUGUUGAUGAAAAAAACAUGUUGACUGCUUUUGUGCGUAGUAUAGCUGGAUGUCAGUGGUUACGAUUCCUUCUUUUGAGGAAUGAUGACCCCGACGUGAUGAGAGUGGCUAGUUACAGUAGUGUGAACUUGUGAGUGGAAGUAACUGUUAGUUGUGUUUUCAUGUUAGCACAAUACUUGCGCGGUGUAGUAAUGUAUUCUGAUCGAUUGCCGUAUGGGAACUUUAAGGGAAUAAUGUGCUUGUAUAUUGCGUACUGUUUCGAAGUUUGAACUGUUGUGUACGUGUAUCUCUAUUCACACUAAAUGUACAUAAAUGUUUGUAGCCCCCCCGUUUUCUUUUCAAAUGGGGAGUAGUUUUCGUCCUAGCUUAGUGUUUGUAUCAUUUGUAGCAUGUUUGAGCUUUAGCUUUCGAGUCUUUUUCGGUAUCCUUGUUGCACCCUUACCAGUUUUGCUAUUGCCUUAAGUCCCUGGCUGCAUUCCCAGUAGCCUGUUUUGCAAAUUGGUCCAUCUCACUUGCCCGGAUAAAAGGGCCCAGCCUUAUAAACCAUGUUAGCCUGGCCCUGUAGUUCUUUAAUGGUUCCUUUUAAUGGCUACCAUCCAGAAUUGUAGGGAAAACUAGCUAACAAUGAAUAACUAGAACAAUGAGAAUGUCAUCCCUAAUCGAUGCUCCAGACUUUCCUGUAGCUUUUGUUUUUCACUGUGAAAUCAGGUGCACCUUUUUUACCCCCUAGCUUCCUAUAGCCCUUGCCAAUGGUGCUUUCCUUCCUAAUGCCUUACCACGCUAACAUUAGGGAAGACACGCUACAAACUAACACCACUUACAGUCGCAACCAUUAGAAGGGCUGCAUCAGUCGAAUGUUUAAACCAGACAUACUGUAGCAGAGUACAACCUGCUUUGGUUGCAGUUUGAACCAAAAUAUUGCUCUCUCUAUCACAUUCAAGAUGAACUAGAUUGACAGUAAUGGCACAAUGUUGCCUAUUAAACAGCCAACUCUACACAGUGACAGUUAAUCCUUUCAUGGCUUUUGAAGCAUAUCAAUGAAAACAACCCAACAGAAUGUUAGCUGAAUGUAACUCUUUUUACUGAUAUGAUGUUUGUUAGGCUACAGAGAACAAUGUAGCAUUAUUGGUGCUAGAUUUGUCAGAAAUGAAGAACACCAAAGAUGAAAUGUGAUGGUUUUUGCAUGUGUUUUGACUUUGGUGCCAAUGUAGUGAUCCGGUGAAUUUUAAAGGAUGGCUAAAUGAAAGACCCCAUCACCUAUCUGUGUUUAUACAUUGGUUGCUUGGUCUGCAUGAUCUGACUGUUAAAACCUCCCAAAAUCUUUCAAAUUAAUCUACAUUUUUAAAAAUCGGAUGGCCUGUUAGAGAGGCAAAGGUUGCAUUUGUAAGGCUCUCUGGUAUUGUUUGGCCAAUAGUUGCAAUUGUGUCAAAACAAGGGUGUAAACGCAGAACUGUACAGAUUUGCAUGUUUUGAAUUCUAGCUGUAGAUAUUAAAGUUCUUCUUGUGUGCUGGGUUUAUUCAUGAUAAAAAACAAUGUUGUUAUUGGUCCAGAAGUUUCUGAGGUGUCUUGAAUUUGCACUGCCAGUUUAGCUUUCGCAUCAUAUUACAGCCACAGAUCAGAUUUUUAAUGCUGUGCAAUAUUAGGUUUAGGUUAAUACAUUUGGCCAUGAUCUUAACCUUUAAGCAUUGAAUCUCACACAAAUAUGGAAUGUAAUGAAAACACACAAACACGUACAGUAUAAAUACUUGGAUAUGAACUGGAAAUCCCCUUUCAGAAACUUUCAAUUUCUACUAUGGUAAUUUGAUAUUCAAAUUUUGUUCAGAAAUUUUAUUCUGUAUCCCACUGGCUUUACCUUGCGGAUAUCAGCAUAAAGAAACCCAAUAAUAAACAAUUUAUCUUGUC